AUGCAGUCUCUCUUAGGAUCCAAGUGUUGUUUAGAGGAUCUCAGAGGAGAAGGAAACCUCAUCACCGAUACUCGUGGCAAUUUACCCCCUGAGAUAUGGCGGUGUAUUGUUGAGUUUCUACCUUCGGACUGCAAUUACGCCCUGGCGAUGUCCAAGUCUACUUUCGACAUCCUGUCUAUUCUCGCCUGGGAACUCUGUUUGCGAAGACCUAAUUUUGUUGACUUGAAAGAUCAGGAACGCUUGGGUGUUCUGAGAAAGCUGUACAUGCAGCGUGAUAAUCGUUUGGAUAGGCUGAAGUCUCUCCUUCGACUGAUGGAAGUACCCCUUGAGAAAAACUUCAGGAGACUGUUGUUGGAAGAAGCUAUCCGCCAAAAUGAUGAGGAGUUAUCUUCUCUCUCAUUAUUACACAGUGGAGAUGAAGAAGACCUUGCCGCCGGUCUGACCCUUGCCGUCAAACAUCGGCAAUCUGACAUGAUUGAAUUCUUCCUUGCGAAGAAAGCCCAGAUUGAUGUGAACUGGGUCACUGGCGAACCACUCUCUAGCCUACGGAUAGCAUGCGAUCGCAGAGAUAUUCGGCUUAUCAAUUGGCUUCUCAGCUACGACUCCUUGGUAAGGACAAUACUUCAUGUAGCAGCCUCUUUCGGAUGCUAUGAUAUAGUUCAGAACUUGCAAGAGAGCCAGGAAUUUGCGAGAUUGAGGGAAGUCAAAGACUGCUCUGGACAUUUACCAAUACAAUGGGCUGUUUUCGAGGCCGAUGUUCAGAUGGUGCAACUACUAGCAUCCUUGGGAAGUUCCAUUCACAUCCGAGACCAAGAAGAUUACAACUUGUUGCACAUCACCGUUACACGUUCUAUGUGGCCAACCCAACGUGAAGAAGCCUAUAAGAUUCUUCUCAAGUGGCUCAUCGCCAAGGGUUGCGAUCAAACCGCACUGAACAAUAGUGGGGAAACCCCAUUGGAGUGUGCCAAGAGUCAGCGUGCACCACAAUGGGCCAUUGAUAUGCUACAAAUGCACGCAAACGCAUCAAUGGAUAUCAAUGCGGACGGGGCCGUGCCAGAGGCCAAAGGCGUGACCUUAGGUCAGAACCCCAAUCACCCGAUCAUGUUCCCCGAUGAUGAAGAGCAGGGACACACUUUUCAGCGUCCUCAAGAUCUUACCAGGUGCGAUAGCUUCAUCCCUGUGCCACCCCGUGGCGCUGCAGGUCUGUGUCUCGCUAGAGCCUUGAUUGACGUGGGAACAUACUAUCAACAUACCAACGCCCCUACGAGCACUAGGAGGAUUGGAUUCAAGACUCCUCACCGAAAAGCGGCUAAGCCUAAUGGCUUGAGACGGUCUCGGAGAAUUAAAGCGCUUUUUUAA